CUCUGACCAAUCAGAAUGCAGCGUUCGGAAUUCUCUCGGCGCAGGCGCAGACUCCAUCUUGUGGCCCGUAAAACGUGCACACGCUUCUUGAGUGGGCGGGCUUCUCCGAGGAGACGCAGCCAAUCAGAGAGCAGCGCUGGGCUCCCGACGCUGCUGAUUGGUCGCCGGGAGGAUGCGCCGAGGACUUCCGCAAUCUGUGGAAUUUGUGUUCGGGUUCAGCCUCAGUCUCAUUUCUCACGACUCGGUGUUGAUCUGCAGCUCGUCAUGUCUCAGGCUGAUAAAACGAAGGGUCAGUUCACCAAUCCGGAGACUCCCGGCUACGUGGGAUUCGCCAACCUGCCCAAUCAGGUUCACCGUAAAUCAGUGAAGAAAGGCUUCGAGUUCACGCUUAUGGUAGUGGGUGAGUCUGGUUUAGGAAAGUCGACUCUGAUUAACAGUCUGUUCCUCACUGAUCUGUACCCAGAGAGAAUCAUCCCCGGGGCUGCAGAGAAGAUCGAGCGCACGGUGCAGAUCGAAGCCUCCACCGUGGAGAUCGAGGAGCGUGGAGUGAAGCUGCGUCUCACCGUGGUGGACACGCCCGGAUAUGGAGACGCCAUUAACAGCCAAGACUGCUUCAACACCAUCAUUGCCUACAUCGACGAUCAGUUCGAGCGUUACCUGCACGACGAGAGCGGCCUGAACCGCAGACACAUCGUGGAUAAUCGCGUCCACUGCUGCUUCUACUUCAUCUCUCCGCUCGGACACGGUCUGAAGCCGCUGGACGUUCAGUUUAUGAAGGCCAUCCACAACAAAGUGAACGUGGUCCCCGUGAUCGCUAAAGCCGACACGCUGACGCUGAAGGAGAGAGAGAGGCUGAAGCGCAGGAUUUUAGACGAGAUUGAUGAGCACGGCAUCAAGAUCUACCACCUGCCCGACGCCGAGUCCGACGAGGAUGAGGAGUUUAAGGAGCAGACGAGGAUCCUGAAGACCAGUAUCCCGUUCGCAGUGGUCGGCUCCAACCAGCAGAUCGAGGCUAAAGGGAAGAAGGUGCGAGGGCGUCUGUACCCGUGGGGUGUGGUGGAGGUGGAGAACCCUGAACACAACGACUUCCUCAAACUGCGCACUAUGCUUAUAACCCACAUGCAGGACCUACAGGAAGUGACUCAGGACCUGCACUAUGAGAACUUCCGCUCGGAGCGGCUGAAGCGAGGCGGCAGGUUGUCCUCCCACGGUUACAUUCUGCCUCUGUCGCCUGCGAAGGCUCCGGAGCCGGAGGAAAUGGACAAGGACAUGAUCCUUCUGGAGAAGGAGGCUGAGCUGAGGAGGAUGCAGGAGAUGAUUGCGAAGAUGCAGGCGCAGAUGCAGAAGCAGGGAGACGGAGAAGGAGACGGACACGUCUAGACAACUCGAGGUGCAGGGCAAUGAAGCGAGACGAUCUGAGACACCGAGAGAAAGAGACGGGAGAGACGUGUCUGGUGUCUCAUGUCUCACUAUGUUUUUGGCCACUUUCUUAAACAUAUUUUUUACUCUUUCUUGGGAUAAAUAUUUAGUUUUUUUGUUUGUAAGCAGUAUUAUUAUUAUUAUUAUUAUUAUUAUUAUUAUUAUUGCUUUUUCUAUAUGCAGAAACGUGUUGAUUUGAAUCCUUCUAGUUACUCGAUAAUCACCUUUCUGAUCGCCGUUUACGAUCUUUAACGCGAGUAUCACGAUAGAUAUCGUAUCGGCUGAUUAUCCGCACACGACUACACAUCGAGCUGUUACUCCAGUAAUUGUGUUCAUCCAAAUACUGACCUGUGUGUGUGUGUGUGUGUGUGUGUGUGUGUGUUCAUGAUCAGAGUGGAUUUGAUGGAAGGAUUUUGUAGGUGCUUCGAAGUGCUAGCAUAAAUAAAUGAGCUGAAAUGAUUUAUCCUAGGCCACA